CAGCCUAGAAUCGAGUCUUUUCUGCUCGUCCUUCGCUUGCUCUUUUUUCGCUGAGGCAUUUUCCCAUUGCUCGCUUCCCAUGAUGACAGCAACGCCAGGCUUGGCCUCCCUACUGCUGGAACCCUUCUGGUGGGGGUUUAGCACUCGGCGGUCAGCGAGCCCCAAGCACGGACGGGCCUUGCACGAACCGCACCUUGUUGAUGAUCGGUGGGCGUUUUUGGACCGACUCAAGCCCCUUGGCCGUGCUUGGGGGCCCAGGCCUGUCGAUGUUGCUUUACGGCGUUUGACGCUGUUAUCUAUGGAUGUUAUGCUUUUCUUUCUGGAUUUUUUUUUUUUUUUUUUUUUUAUCAUUUUUCUCUUAUCUCCUCUUGGUGCUCAGCGCCCUGUGCUGUUCCUCGCCACUGCAAAAAUAUGUUGGCAUGCUCUCGCCUAAGCAUGAUAGCAAGAGCUCCAUGCAAUACUCAAUUUGAUUUCAUCCCGCCAGCUUUAGCCAAUGAUACUCG